AUGCUUGGAGUAUUGAGUGACUCAACUGAAGUUAAAAAUAAGAACAUUAGAAGACUCACCGACUACAGAACAAAGAUGAUGGGGUGGAUGAUCGCAUUUACCACUUUAGGAUUGGUCGUUAUCGUCACUGCACAGCCAACAAAUGGCAUACAAAACAUAGAUGACGAUAUAUCAGACAAUGACGACUUAGAACUAUUAUUGGAUGAUACAGAUCCGCUCGUAAACAAACUCAUACAGUUGUUUUUAGACCACGAACAAACAUACGAUACCGAUGAUGAUCCAUUUCAGCGAUCCAUAAGAGGCAACCUUCUCAGAUAUGGCAAACGCGGUGCGCUAUUUCGUUACGGCAAACGACAGUCUUUUAUGCGUUAUGGGAAAAGAGGAGGGCUCUUUCGUUUCGGCAAACGUGCUUCGUCGGGAAGCACUGCCGGAAAAAGAAUUUUCCGCUGGGGAAAGCGCAGCGAAGAAACUGCUGAGAAGCGAGGAAAUUUAAUGAGAUGGGGAAAACGAGCAGGAGAUAGUGACUUUAACACAGAAAAUGAAAUAGCAGAUGACCUGAGUAUGCGCGCAACAAGUAAACAUGUUGAAAGAGACGAUAAACUUCAUGUACCAUUUAGAUUUGGCCGUGAUGAGAGUGAAGAACAAUAAAUCAAAAGUUCUUAAAAUACACUGAAUUGCUUAAUGAACAUUAUUUGGCCUUGUUUAAUGUUUGGACUACAAGAUCAAUACUAUUGACAUAUACUUUAAUAAUAAAAUAAUUACUAAUAACUAUUUAGUUAAUUCGAGGCAACUUAAAUACACCAGAAAAGUUUAUUUUUCACAAAAUGUGGACUUUUGAAUGUAAACUGUCCAAAGUUAUUGGCAAACAUAUAAAAUCUGAUUUGAUAAUACAACUAGGAUAUCUAAAAAUAAAACAUGUGAAAAUAUCAUAAAGAGGAAACGGUUUAUGUUUCAAUCCACC